GUCCUAUUAUCCUAACGCUCUCACGUCGCCUCGUCCAUCUGUUAUCAGUCAACCCAAUCGCAACAUCACAGAAUGCCAGGAAGAACCCUGGAUUACCUAUCAGUAUCUCCUCGAACGAAACAUACAGCUACGGUGAUAUUUGUACAUGGACUCGGCGAUACUGGAUUUGGAUGGCGGCCUUUAGCGGAAGUAAUGAGCAAGGACCCUGAACUAAAUCGCGUGAAAUGGGUCUUGCCUCACGCACCGCGACGAUAUGUAACGAUCAACAGCGUAUACAUGCCUUCUUGGUAUAACAUAACUUCCAUGAACCCCAUCACGGAAGACGAAACAGAUAUCCUGCAAAGUGCUAAAGCAAUCGACGACCUUAUCACCGCUGAAAUUGAGAGUGGGACUCCCGCUGACCGAAUCAUUUUGGGUGGCCUUAGCCAGGGUGCCGCCAUGACUCUUCUUACUGGGUUUACGACGAAACAUCGACUGGGCGGGCUUAUAGUGUUAAGUGGACGCUUGCCACUGAGAAACAAGUUCAAGUCUCUUCCAAUCUCCGAUCAUAUUAAAGAACUGCCGAUCUUCUGGGGUCAUGGUACGGAGGAUCCUAUAGUCGAGUAUAAAUUAGGUCUCUUAUCGAUGGACUAUAUCAAGAGUGAGCUAGGUAUCCGAACUGCAAGUGACUCAAAUUCCGGCGUCCCGACUGGGCUUUCGUUCCACUCCUAUAAAGAUCUCGGACAUACGGUAUGUGAACAAGAAGUGGAAGACCUAAAGACAUGGUUGAAGUCGGUCAUUCCUGCUAUUCCGGAUAUGGAAGAAUGAUGACCGCUACGACGGGAGAUAGACAUUUGCACGAGAAAGUGAGAGGAUAUUGUAAUAUGUAGGAGAACGAUGUCUCGCUGCAACGUGAUGUAUUAGAUGUAUGACUGCGUUCGUUAUUUUUCACAUCAGCUUCGAAGUUCGAAGUUCUUGGAGUAAGGCUGAAUCUCAAUCAUUAUGAAUGAAAAUGCUUGUCGAAA